ACGCGCUUGCCAAGCAUGGCUGUUGUUCGCCAGACCAAAAUAACAAUUUAAGCGAAUCAACAACACAUGACUCUCCUCCAUCAUACAACACAUCACGACAGCCUCUUGUAGCCUUGAGGCAUGCCGACGCGACAGAGAGUUAACGAUACCAACAGCGACGAACCCCGUAAUGAUAUCAAUUACAGGAUCGGCCUGCGCGACAAUCGCAAGCGGAAACGCGAGUUUAGGCCGCCAUUAGGCACUGUUGACAACGAAUCCACAUACACACACCGGCCGCCAUCAUCGAAACGUCAAAGAGUGGCUAUCGGCGAUAGCUAUCCUAGAACAAAAGUCGCUCCUCGGCUAGAUACCAUUCUAAGGGCUCUGCGGUGUGAUGCGCUCUCUUCCAUACACCCGGCAGCAUAUGUACGCGACAACCGCAUCAUCAUCCCCUCUGUAUCUACACAAAUAUAUGAGUGCGCUCGAUUGAAAAUUCCCGUCAUCACAGGCUCGAAACGCAUCCGUCUAGAACAUUCAUCGUCGAAAGCUUCCUCGAAAAAAUGCGAGCUCAUCAUCACGAUGCCAACGAAGAUCCACGAAGUCAUGAAGGCGCUUACAUCGGACAUAAAAGACCAGAUGUUUGCACGAGACUCUUCUGGUCGAGCAUUUGUACCUGCCACGUGGCAAAAGGAUCGGGUUCUUGAGACGGGAUCGUCAACUUUAUCUUUAGCCUACAACGGGAGAACAUUUAAAUUCGAACCUGAUUCAUCGUUAGCAUUCGAGCCGAAUAAUCCAUUCCUCGUGCUUGAGGUAGCAGUCACGCAAGAUCCGGUAGCUGUGAAAAAGAAGGCCCACGAUUAUAUCAGAGGCUCUCGUGGAAAGGUUGCUUUUGUGGUGGUGAUCAUAGUCAGACGUCUGAGACGGCGCAGAGAAGAGCAGGCUGGAGACCAGGGCAAUGCGAAUAUUAUGGAUGGGCAUAACGAUUUCACUGGCCAAGCUACGAAUUCGAGGCUUAAAGUCAGGCAACAUGGGAACGACGAACAAAGCGAGCCGCCUGAUCAUAGCCAAGCACGAGAAUCAACGAGCCCAAUAUCCACACUCACGGAUCCCCCAUCCGAUUUGUCCAGAUGGAGUGUCUUCCCCGAAAGAAAUUUGCCAGCUAAGCAAGUCAGCCUACCCAGCACUAGUUUACAUGGCACAGAAAACUCAGGCAUCUCACUCCCACCCCUCCUGUACGAAUGUCUCGACACCAACGAUAUUUUAAACCCCAACGAUACUGUGCACGUUAGCGUUUUCAAAUCCGCCACUGUCCCGUCCAGCACGCCAGCUACUGCCCAGCAGACAUUUUGCACAGUGCAGCCACUGAUUGAAGAAGUCGAAGUCUAUCCACGCAACACAAAUGCUUCAUUUACUCUUGCAUGGACUGAUAUCGCAAAGACUGCACCUUCUGGGGGGAGGCCGAGUCUGCAUAUCAGUCUCAAACCCUUGAGCCGCCUGGCGCAGAGACUGACUGGGGAUGGCCGCGCUGAAUGGGGUGAUGACGGGUUCAGCCCACUGUCUAGCGGGGUUGAGGAGUAUCUUGUCACCAGCUCGAGCGUUGAGAUUGAUCAUGAGAGAAGUGGUGGGACGGUGCCUUCUUCGGUGGAGAAGCGUCAGGACCCCAACUUCAGUCUAUGAGGUAUGGCCUUUUAAGCUUUCGAAUCUGAUAAUCCAACAAAGGACGGAAACGGAACUGGUCUCACGAGGAAGGGAAGCAUAGGACUGAGCUGACGAGGUUGGUGGGCAAAGGGGAUUGUACGAUACAGACGAAGUCCUAAUUUAGGACGUGGGGAAUUCAAGAGAUAUCAGUAAAUGGAGCAGUACGAGGUCGAUGUAGAGUAUGAUGGGGAUGAGGGGAUUAUGGGGUCGUUGGAUGGGAUCUGAGAAGGAUGACGCGUUUGAGUCAAGAGACUGUUUGAAUGAAUGAUGGCGGUAGAAGCGACGUCAGCCUUUCAGCAAAUUUUAUAAUUCGUCUACCUAGGCCCUCAGGGAUUCACUGCGCAUCCUGCCACGCCACCGGUCCUGCCGGUAGGGGCUUUCUAGUCGUUCCGUAGCAAUGCGUUCACAUUAAAGGUCCGCGUCCUCGCUGUCAGGCUCAAACCUCCCAUACUUAUCAUCGAACAUACUUUGAACCCUUUCAUGUCGUUCUCUAGCAAUGUGGGUAUAGUAUGGUGGCGUAAGCAUAAAUACGCGUAUUGCUUCAUGAGCAGAGUUGUCGAUAUUAUUCAAAAUGUGACCAGUGCAGAUCUCCUCAAGUGCCUGGAGUACAUCGUUGGCAUCUGCAGUAUGGCGGCAUGUUGAGGGAUCGCAUAUGCACUGCACCCCGCCAUGAAAAUCGGCAUGGCGCCCGGGGCGGCUUUGAGACUCGAGGAGCAUAAACUCUGCUACUGCACUGAUGCUUUUGUCAACAUGGAUGAUAGCCUGAAGCACUUCAGCCAGGUUGUCAGUGUGCUUCUUCUUUCUUUCGAGAUGGUUCCAUUCCAGAUGCCUCUUUUCCUCGCGAUGCCGCCGCCUGGUAUGGUGUCUUCUUAACCCGUUUAACACGAAUCGCGCGUUUUUCUUCUCGCCUUCUAACACGCCUUGGCCUAUCAUUUCUUGCUGUCUUGAAGAAAAUUGAUCUAGGAUCCAUAGUUCCAUCCUUACGCCACUGACGGCAACUUUACCAAAGCUUUCUGUUAUGCAAGUGAGUGCCACAAGUGCAUUUGCCCAGGCAGUCCAUGAUGUUUCCAGUGUAACAUGGUCGUACAUAGUAUGUAGUGACAAAAGCAAUAUGUCAUACUCUUCAG